AUGCCAGCGCACCUCAUCGAAGUGGACCUAAGCGAGGUCUCCAAGUCGCUCGCUGUGCUUGGUGGCUUCAUCGUCAUCUAUGGUCUGCUGUCAUACGUCGUGAAAGAACGACUGUACCUGUCGGAGCCUCUUCUGGCAGUGAUGGCGGGUAUCAUCGUUGGACCGUAUGUGCUCAACUGGGUCGACCCUAUCAGUUGGGGCACGAUUGAAGAGACCAAUGAGGUCACUUAUCAACUCACCCGCAUCGUCGUGGGGAUUCAGGUGCUGUUCUGUGGUAUAUCUCUACCUAAGGCGUACUUAUGGAGAGAGAAGUUCUCGCUUGUCAUCUUGCUGUUUGGCAUCAUGACUACGGCUUGGUUUGCAACAGCUUUGCUCAUCUGGGGUCUCAUUCCCAAUCUUACCUUUCUGGAAAGCCUUUGUAUCGCAGCAGCCGUGACACCCACUGAUCCGGUGCUCGCCAACUCCAUCACCACGGGUCGCUACGCCGAGAAGCACGUCCCCGCCAACGUACGUAACAUCAUCAUCGCCGAGUCCGGAGCAAACGACGGCCUCGGAUUUCCCUUUCUCUACCUGGCUAUCUAUCUCCUUGCUCGCCACGGUGAAGAUGCGGAUAAGAGCGUAGAAACCGAAGUAGGAAGCUGGACGUAUGCCGUUGUCAUUUACCAAAUUGUUCUCUCCAUCGCAUUUGGCGCUCUGAUUGGGUAUUUGGCUCGUAAGUCGCUCAAGUGGGCCGAAUCAAGAUCGUACAUCGACAAAGCCAAUUUCUUCGCCUAUGGUCUCGGAUUGGCCUUCUUCACCCUCGGAACCACGGGCUUGUUUGGGUCGGACGAUAUCUUGGCAUGCUUCAUCGCUGGUAACUCGUUCACUUGGGAUGACUGGUUCCGUAUCCGCACCGAAGACAACGAUUUCCAGGAGAUCAUCGAUACAGUUCUCAACAUGACAGUAUUUGUCUAUAUCGGUGCUAUUAUUCCUUGGUCUGCUUACUCGAACAUGGAGUUGCAGCUGACAGGUUGGAGGAUGGUAGUGCUGGGGAUUACAGUGCUGUUGCUCCGUAGGCCGCCUUGGGUGAUUGCAGCUACGAAAGCCAUCCCGGCACUGCGAGACUUCAAGGAGUCGGCAUUUGCUGGUUGGUUCGGUCCGAUUGGCGUUGGAGCCGUGUUCUACAUUCAGGUCGCACUCAGGCAGUUGCCAGAAGAUGGAACAAGGGAAAGGCUGCGUGCGGUGUAUGCACCUAUCGUGCUCUUCAUGGUGUUCAGUUCGGUCCUGACCCAUGGAGUCACGAUCCCGAUCUCCAAGCUUGGACCUGGUGUUAUGCGUCGCACUGCUACACUGACCAAGACCAAAUCGAUCACCUUCUCGCGCCCUAUCAGCCGCAGCAACACGAUCCAGCCCACCAAGACGAACGCAAACACCGCUGUAGCUCGGGAGAGCUCGCCUGAAUCAGCGUCCAUGCCUGAUCGUUCGGACUCUGAACGAUCGGGCGGCGGCAGCCGUGGAUCGUUGCAGGGCUCGCCCCGAGGUCACGUAGGAUACGAUGAAUCAGGUAAAGCGUUGUGGAAUCCGCUGGUUGCAAUCGCCGACUGGGGCAUUCACGUGUUUGCCUUUUGGCAGAAAGACAGUUUUUGGCGCAAGGAUGUGACACCAGGCAAACACAAUGCUCUCGCCUCCCACCACGGCGGCGUCAAUAAAACCCACAUCUCUGCUCCCACUCGCCCUGUCAAACAGCGCAGCGUUGAAGAGGACAAAGAUAACAGCGCUGACAGCAUCCGCAUGGUGGAGACCAACGCAGAUGGUGAGCAAAUGAAGUCGCGUCUCCCUCCUCCGUCCAUGGAGCUUCCCACCACAGGCAGUGUCAAGAUCCCGAGUGCAAUCUUGCAGAACCCUUCAAAGUUCGGUUCGAACAGCGAAGGCAAGCCGGACAUGCCAGCGUUGUCGAGAACAGUCUCGCCAAGGAGGUUUGCGAUCCUACGUGUCUUAGACAAGGAGAUGAGCGAAGAACGUAAGGAGGCGCAGACGGAAGCGCAGCAGGGUUGGGAGAAGGGAGAGCAGAAGGAGCAGAAGCGGCUCAGGGAGAUGUUGAAGCUUCGCGAGGCUGAGCAGAAUGGUGGUGCGGAAGAGGUGCAAGGAGAUGCGCAAUCCACUCAUUCGAGUCAGAGAAGGACUCUUCGCUUCGUUUAA